AUGGCAUAAGAACCUAAUCCAUUUAGUAAUUAUAUACAAAUAUUAUUAAGAGCAUGUGACAUUUAUGGACACAAACUGUGCAGCAAAAGCAGGAAUGGUCACUGUAGCUGGAGGUGCAAUGGGUUUUUUAAUGGCUUUAUUUAUGAAUGCAGUAGAAAUGAGAGACAUGGAUUAUGGUAGAACAAAAUAAUCAACAAGAUAUGUUUUGAGAGUAUAUAAUUAUUCCAAAUUAGAGAGAUAUAAACAAAAUGUUUGGAAUGGCAAAAGGUUUUGCUAUUUUUGGUGCUUUUUAUUCUAUAUUUGAAUGUUAAUUAGAAAAAUUAAGAAUUAGAGAUGAUGCUACAAAUUCAUUUCUUUCUUGCAUGUUUUCAUCUAUGGUACUAGCUGCUGAAUCAGUUGGAUGGAAGGGCUUAAUGAUGUCAGGAUUAGGAGGAGGUAUGUUUGGAGGGGUUAUGUAUUAUGUUUAGAUUAAGUUUAUGAAUCACUGAUAUAUUUUAUUAUUAUAAUAAAAAAAUAAUUUCAAUUCUUAAAAAAAAAUAAAGAAUGGCAAUAAGAAUUUCAAGACAUAGAUGAUUAAGUAGUUCUAGAAAAAGUUGAAUUGCUACAUUCAGAAGAUGAAGAAUAACAAGUUUAACAAGAAUAAUAAUUAGAGUAAACAAAGUAGAAUGAAGGAAGUGAGAUUGAUAUUGUAGAAGAAAAAAAAGUGAUAAAUGAAUAAUCUAAUGAGAAAUUUAAAAAAAUUGAAUGGUUAGACUCUGAUAUUGAAGGAAUUGAUGAAAUAGAUGAUGAAGAAGAAGUAAUUGAAGAGAUGUUAAUGAAAUUGAUCAUGAUUAUAAAACUAUUUUUGUAUAAGCACUCAAAAUAAGUGAUAAAGAGAUUGCUGAUUUCUUUUCAUAAUAUGGAACAAUUGUGUCAAUUGAAAUUCCUCGAAAUGAAGGAUCUUAAUUUACUAAGAGAAGAGCAUUUAUUGAAUAUAGUACAGUUAGUGAAGCUUAGAGUACUAUUAUGCUUGAUUUAGAAUUAAAAGGAUGUUCUCUUAGAAUGA